AUGACCGCAAUGUACAUUGCCGUAACUGCUCUCUGUGCUCUACUCCGGUGGGCUCGCACGUGUCUCGUGCAAGUGGCCUUCAUUCAGCGACCCAAAACGGGGCAGGAGAGGGUAGUGGGAGCAGUGGAGCGUGAAUUGAGUGAGCUCAAGUGUCGUUUGCUGAAGCUGGAGGGUGAAAAGGCAGACACAGAGAAGGCAGCUGCAGAGAAGGUUGGUCAUUUGGAGGAAGCAAUGAAAGAGGGGUUUGCAGCAGUGAGGGGAGAAGUGGCAGCAGUGAAGGGGGAGUUGGCAGCUUGGAAACGAGAAUUGGCGUACGGAUAUUUUGCGGACAGGAAGGUGCAUGAGUUGCAGCAGCAGGGUCAUGCGCUCAUCAUGCAAGCAGGGGAGUGGAUGCCCUCGUGUUGUGGGCCGCCUCAAAAGCAAAAGCAGAGUGGCGCUUCCACUAUGCAAGCAGAGGGGUGGCGAUCGACAAUUUUUGGGGCGACUCAAAGGCAGAGUGGUCCAUUCAGCGUGCGAGCAGAGCAGUGCAGGUCCUCGGUGUUUGGGUCUCCUCGAAAGCAAAAGCAGAGGGGUGCUCCCACUGAGCAAGCGGAGGAGUGCAGAUUGUCGUGA